CAGUUUAGAGCUUCCAAAAUGGCUGGUAAUCAAUUCCUCGGUUCAGAUCUUCAUAUAAAUUUUUCUGAUGUUGUAAGCACCCUCACCUCUUACCCAUACAAUAUGAUAACUGGUGCAGUGACUAUAGGAACUGGCCUCGUCCUCUUGAGGAAAUAUUUCAGUGGAGGUGUUUGCAAAUCAAAGGCAAAGCUGACAGGCAAGACAGUGAUCAUUACUGGUGCUAAUACAGGUAUUGGUAAAGAAACAGCCAUUGAAUUAGCUAAACGUAAAGCAAAGGUGAUACUAGCCUGCCGGAACCCAGAGAGAGGGAGGGAAGCAGAGAGAGAUGUACGUGUCAAAAGUGGGAGUGAAGACGUUGUGUAUCGCCAUCUUGACUUAGCCUCCCUGUCAUCAGUACGUGAGUUUUCAAAGUCAGUACUACAAGAAGAGACACACAUUGAUAUCCUCAUUAACAAUGCUGGUAUCAUGGCCUGCCCUCAGUGGAGGACAGAGGAUGGGUUUGAGAUGCAGUUUGGUGUCAAUCAUCUCGGACACUUCCUCCUCACUAACCUACUCCUCGAUAAAUUAAAAGAGGCUCCUUCUGCUCGUAUUAUAAACAUCACUUCGAGUCGUUAUAAGCUCUCGAAAGGUCUCAACUUUGAUGACCUGAAUAACGAGCAAGAUUACGAGCCUUACCUUGUUUACUGCCAUAGCAAACUAGCUAAUAUAUUGUUUACCCGCUCGCUGGCUGGUAGACUGGAAGGGACAAGAGUAACGGCAAACUGCCUCCAUCCUGGCGUAUGCUGGACUGAACUAAUGAGACACAUUGAGAAGAAGACAGGAUACAUUAAAAAGCUUGCUUUACUUCCUAUUGUCCUCCUCUUUUUCAAAACUCCUCAUCAAGGAGCACAGACCACCAUCCAUUGUGCCGUCGCCGAUGAAUUGAGUAACGUUUCUGGUGGGUAUUUCGGUGAUUGCAAGAUCGAGAAACUCCAGACACCUGCUGCUCUGGAUGAUGAAGCUGCCGAGAGACUUUGGAGUAUUUCAAGAGUACUAGUAGGACUGGAAGAUGAUGAGCCAGAUUCAUGAUGAGAGAAGAGAUUUGGCCUUAGCUUUAGAUUAGACCUUAUAAAGCAGUCACUAUAAUAAUUAUUUUACAAGUUUUUAAAUUUAAAUAAGAUUGAUCUAAAACUAUA